AUGAGGACCUCCAUCGCGUCUCUCCUCCUCGCCCCGCUGGCUCUCGCUAUUCCCGACACCCUUGCCGCCUUCGAACCAGCGCUCGAACAGCUCGAACAACUCCCAACAUCCAACAACGACACCACGCCCGUCGACAGCAUCGCUGAACUGCUCAAGCGCCAGGGCAACAGCUGCGCAAACAAUUACUAUGCGUGCACCAACCUGAACGCAGCAGGCCUUUGCUGCCCUCGCACCGCCGUCUGCUCCGCCGACCGCAACAACGUCGUCGCCUGCUGCCCGCAAGGCGCAGCUUGCACCGGUACGCUUGGCGUCUCUGCUACCGGCGCGGUCACGGCAUCGACCACCGUCCCCUUCGUUACCGCCUCGACAACCUCUGGGCCAUUCGUUCAGGCGACGACCGCCAAUGCAGGAUCAGGCGGGGCAUCAACGGUAUCCAACGCUUUCUAUCCUUUCCCCUACAUCGCCACGACUUACACCAACGCAGCUGCCUGCUCCAGCGCUUAUACGCGCUGCCAAAGCGAUGCUGCGAGCUGUACGAAUGCACUGAUGGGCGGCGCGCGGGGCGUUACCGUCAGUGCGCCGAACGGAGGUGCGACGAUCACUGCAGUGCCGAGCUUGGGGCAGGCGAGCGCGAGCAGUGUUUGUUCGAGUCUGAGUCAGGAGGCGUGCUUUGGGCUGCAGGUUGCAGCUUGUCAGGCAUUUGACGGGAGGGGAAAUGCCGCGCCUACUAGGGGAUGUGGAAGUUUGGCCGUGGGUAUGGGUGUUGCGCUGGGAGUGGCCGGGCAGCUGCUGUGA